CUUGCGAGCCUCGAGAGGACCGAGCAGGACAUGCAGAAAUGUUUUCCUGAUGAUGUAUGGCUGUGUAUAUUUGAACAUCACAAUCAUCAAAGAAGUAAAGCUGCAGAUGACCCAGAGAGCAAUGGAAAGAUGCAUGAGAGCUCUUUCUCGGAAAUUGCUGGUCCCAAGCAUUUUCCUAAGGCAUUGGAGUGGGGCGACACCUAGGAUGCCUGGGAUGCUGCUGCUAUUUUCCACUGCUCUGCUCUCCAGCUGUGUUCAGCUACUUGCAGAAGCUAACUCUUGGUGGUCUUUGGCCAUGAACCCAGUGCAAAGGCCUGAAAUGUUCAUCAUUGGAGCCCAGCCUGUAUGUAGUCAACUGCCUGGGCUUUCCCCUGGCCAGAGGAAGCUAUGUCAAUUGUACCAGGAGCAUAUGGCAUACAUUGGGGAAGGAGCAAAGACAGGCAUCAAGGAGUGUCAGUAUCAGUUCCGGCAGAGACGCUGGAACUGCAGCACCGUGGACAACACUUCUGUCUUUGGAAGGGUCAUGCAGAUAGGUAGUCGCGAGACGGCUUUCACCUAUGCCGUGAGCGCAGCGGGAGUGGUCAACGCCAUUAGCAGAGCCUGUCGGGAAGGCGAGCUUUCCACGUGUGGCUGUAGCAGGACUACCCGGCCCAAGGAUUUACCCCGGGAUUGGCUGUGGGGUGGCUGUGGGGACAAUGUGGAGUAUGGCUACCGCUUUGCCAAGGAGUUCGUGGAUGCUCGAGAGCGAGAGAAAAACUUUGUCAAGGGCUCGGAGGAACAGGGCCGUGUACUGAUGAAUCUUCAAAACAACGAAGCGGGUCGCAGGGCCGUGUACAAGAUGGCAGACGUGGCCUGUAAAUGCCAUGGCGUUUCGGGAUCCUGUAGCCUCAAGACCUGCUGGCUACAGCUGGCAGAGUUCCGCAAAGUGGGGGACCAACUGAAGGAGAAGUACGACAGCGCGGCAGCCAUGCGGAUCACUCGGAAGGGCAAACUCGAGCUGGUGAAUAGCCGCUUCAACCAGCCCACCCCGGAGGACUUGGUCUACAUAGACCCCAGCCCGGACUACUGCUUUCGCAACGAGACCACCGGUUCCUUGGGCACCCGGGGCCGCCUCUGCAACAAGACCUCCGAGGGCACGGAUGGCUGCGAGCUGAUGUGCUGCGGCCGCGGCUACGACCAGUUUAAGAGUGUCCAGGUGGAGCGCUGUCACUGCAAGUUUCAUUGGUGCUGCUUUGUCAAGUGCAAGAAGUGCACAGAAAUUGUUGACCAGUAUGUCUGUAAAUAGCCUGGCAAGGGGGCAGCGCUCUUUUGGCCUCCCCUCCCCAGCUCCUC